AGAACACAUACUGGAGAGAAACCCUAUGAAUGUAAUCAAUGUGGUAAAGUCUUUGCAAGAUCCAGUCAUCUCCAAAGACAUAAAAGAAUACAUACUGGAGAGAAACCUUAUCAAUGUAGUCAAUGUGGUAAAACCUUUUCAUGUCACAGUAAUCUCCAAAGACAUAAAAGUACACAUACUGGAAAGAAACCUUAUGAAUGUAAUCAAUGUGGUAAAGCGUUUUCAUGUCUCCGCAAUCUCCAAUAUCAUAAAAGAACACAUAUGGGAGAGAAACCUUAUCAAUGUAAUCAAUGUGGUCAAGCCUUUUCACAUCUCAGUAAUCUCCAAGUCCAUAAAAGGACACAUACUGGUGAGAAACCUUAUGAAUGUAAUCUCUGUGGUAAAGCCUUUUCACAGCAGUCUCAUCUCCAAAUCCAUAAAAGGAUACAUACAGGAGAGAAACCUUAUGAAUGUAAUAUCUGUGGUAAAGCCUUUUCAUGUCACAGUCCUCUCCAAGUCCAUAAAAGGACACAUACUGGUGAGAAACCUUAUGAAUGUAAUCUCUGUGGUAAAGCCUUUUCACGUCACAGUGCUUUGCAAAUCCAUAAAAGAACACAUACUGGUGAGAAACCUUAUGAAUGUAAUCUCUGUGGUAAAGCCUUUUCACAGCAGUCUCAUCUCCAAAUCCAUAAAAGGACACAUACUGGUGAGAAACCUUAUGAAUGUAAUCUCUGCAGUAAAGCCUUUUCACGGCAGUCUCAUCUCCAAAUCCAUAAAAGAACACAUACUGGUGAGAAACCUUAUGAAUGUAGUAAAUGUGGUAAAGCCUUUUCACAUCACAGUGGUCUCCAAAGACAUAAAAGAACACAUACUGGAGAGAAUCCUUAUGAAUGUAAUCAAUGUGGUAAAGCCUUUUCAUAUCACAGUCAUCUCCAAUAUCAUAAAAUAACACAUACUGGAGAGAAACCUUAUCAAAGUAAUCAAUGUGGUGAAGCCUUUUCGUGUCACUGCUAUCUCCAAAGACAUAAAAGAACACAUACUGGAGAGAAACUGAAUAAACCUUAUGAAUGUAAUCAAUGUGGUAAAGCCUUUUCAUGUCACAGUCAUCUCCAAUCUCAUAAAAGAACACAUACUGGAGAAAAUCCUCAUGAAUGUAAUCAAUGUGGUAAAGCCUUUUCAUAUCACAGUAAUCUCCAAAUCCAUAAAAGAACACAUACUGGAGAGAAACCUUAUGAAUGUAAUCAAUGUGGUAAAGCCUUUUCAUGUCACAGUCAUCUCCAAAGACAUAAAAGAACACAUACUGGAGAGAAACCUUAUGUAUGUAAUCAAUGUGGUAAAGCCUUUUCAUGUCACAGUAGUCUCCAAAUUCAUAAAAGAACACAUACUGGAGAGAAACCUCAUGAAUGUAACCAAUGUGGUAAAGCCUUUUCAUGUCACAGUCAUCUCCAAAGACAUAAAAGUACACAUACUGGAGAGAAACCUCAUGAAUGUACUCAAUGUGGUAAAGCCUUUUCAUGUCUCAGUCAUCUCCAAAGUCAUAAAAGAACACAUACUGGAGAGAAACCUCAUGAAUGUAAUCAAUGUGGUAAAGCCUUUUCAUGUCACAGUGAUCUCCAAAGACAUAAAAGAAUACAUACUGGAGAGAAACCUUAUGAAUGUAAUCAAUGUGGUAAAGCCUUUUCAUGUCACAGUAGUCUCCAAAUUCAUAAAAGAACACAUACUGGAGAGAAACCUUAUGAAUGUAAUCAAUGUGGUAAAGCCUUUUCAUGUCACAGUCAUCUCCAAAUACAUAAAAGAACACAUACUGGAGAGAAACCUUAUGAAUGUGAUCAAUGUGGUAAAGGCUUUACACAACAAAGUCAUCUCCAAUAUCAUAAAAGAACCCAUAUGAGAGAGAAUCCUUAG